CGCAGAUCGGGUUUGAGACCCCUAAUGGUAUUUAACUAACAGGGUUAUCCAAUGAAAGCGUGUGGAUGUAUACGAGAAAAGCAAGCGAAGUUGGGUUUAUUUGCAUAGUUUUGAAUAGUACAGAGAAGAAUGGGUUGUUAUAGAGUAGUUCAAGCAGUGGCCAUAGUCUUAUUCGUGCUUUUGCUUCCAAAUACCCAUGCCUGGGGAGAGGAAGGACAUGCCAUUGUUUGCAAAAUUGCUCAGGCUCGACUGAGCAGUCCAGCUGCAGCAGCUGUGAAGAAACUAUUGCCAAAAUCUGCCAACAAUGACUUAGCGAGCAAGUGUUCAUGGGCUGAUAGUUUGAGGGUGGUUUUUCCUUGGUCCUCUGCUUUACACUUUGCAGAUACUCCUGACAACGCUUGCAACUACAAGGACAGCAGGGAUUGUGUAGACUUGAAAACUGGAAUUAAAGGGCGAUGUGUUGUAUCAGCCAUUACCAACUACACCAACCAGCUCCUGGAGUAUGGAACCAAAACCAAAUAUAAUCUCACUCAGUCUCUGCUAUUCAUUUCACAUUUUAUGGGAGACGUCCAUCAGCCUCUACACUGUGGCUUUGCAUCAGACAGGGGUGGCAAUGACAUCAACGUUCACUGGUACAGAAGAAAGCAAAAUCUUCACCAUGUUUGGGAUACUAACAUUAUUGAGACAGAAAUUGAAAGAUUCUACGACGAUAUUGACGAUUUCGUUGGUGCAAUUCAAAAGAACAUUACGAAAGCAUGGGCUGAUGAAGUAGAAGAAUGGGAGAACUGCAGAAACGACGAUGUAUCAUGCCCAGCUAUAUAUGCAUCUGAAAGUGCAGAAGAUGCCUGUGCAUGGGCAUAUGAAGGUGCCCCUGAAGGUUCAGUACUAGAUGAUGAAUACUUCUUUUCUCGUUUUCCGAUAGUGAAUUUGCGGUUAGCUCAAGGAGGAGUUCGAUUGGCUGCAACUCUUAAUCGUAUUUUUGACACAGUAUCUGUAAUGUCAAUGUAACUUUGCUGAUUACGAAAAGAAAAGAAAAGAAAGACAUUGGGAGGGGCCGCUCAUGAGCAAUUUGAUAUCAUAUUAUAGGUGCUUUCAUUGAAUCAAAUAAAUGAGAAUGAUGAUACUGAAUUCAUUCAAAUGUGGCAUGCAUCAAACUUUUAAAUCAUAAUUUAAAUAGGUGAAUUUAAGAUGUAAUAA